CAAACAGGCAGUUGAGAUUAUUUUUCUCGGUCAGGAUGAGCGUGAAGCAGUACAUCCAUCCGAGGAACAAAUACAAACGACCGCCGGAUUACAAGCAACUCGCGAUCCUGUACCCGGAAUUCCGUGAAAUCGCGAUGAUGGACUUCACAGGAAGAAUUAGGAUUGAUUUCAAAGAGAGAAGAAGCCUUCAUGUACUUACAGAGACGCUUCUAAAGCAUGAUUUUGAUCUGCACGUGAACAUCCCAGCAGAUAAUUUAAAUCCAGCUAUUCCACUGCGUUUGAAUUAUAUUCUAUGGAUAGAAGACUUGAUGACUCAUUCUAAAUUGGAGAUGGAGAAUGUUACAGGCAUCGAUAUUGGAACCGGAGCAGUCUGUAUAUAUGCUCUAUUACUAGCAAAAAUCUACAAGUGUCAAGUGAUUGGUACAGAAGUUGACAAAGGAAGUGUGGAGCAUGCCCAGAAAUGCAUAAAAAGUAACAAAUUACAAAAUUUAAUUGAAAUAACUACAGUGAACUCCGAUAGAAUUUUUAAGGACGUAGUACAGGAUAGUAGAGUGUAUGACUUUUCAAUGUGCAAUCCACCGUUUUUCGAGAAUGAGGACGAUGGUUUCGAAAAAGUUGUAAAAGUCUUACCACCGAGAAACGCGCCCACUGGAAAUGACAAUGAGCUGAAAACCGAAGGAGGUGAAUUGGGUUUUGUGACGAAGAUAAUCGAAGAGAGUGUCGAGGUGGGAAAUCGAGUAAAAAUUUACAGCACAAUGAUUGGCAAAAAAGUCAACUUGGUUAUCUUAAGACGAUUGUUAAGAUCAAAAAAUAUAAAGAAUAUGACAUGGACGGAAUUCUGUCAGGGUCACACAACACGAUGGGGUUUGGCUUGGAGCUUUCUUCCACAAAACGUUGUGAACUUGACUACAGCACCUGUCAUUAGAAAACGCGGGAAGUCUAUAGUAGGAUCGUUAAAGAAUUAUAAAACCUCGAUAACAUUUCCUGUGAAUGAUAAAUUUUCCUGUGUAGACGAUAUAAUUAAUUUUCUAAGAGUAACAGCAAAAGAACUAAACGUCAAGUUGCAAGACGUUCCCAUUCCUGAAGAUAGUUUCGAUAGCUGGGCGUGUCAAGUAACUGCUAGAAAAAGAUCAUGGGAACAUAUGCGCAGGAAGCGGCGUUUAGCGCAACGAUCCGCGUUAAAAAGAGCAAAAAGUGAAAAUGGCGAAUGUAUUGAAGCAAAUACAUACGCCGAAGAAACUUCAAUUGAAACUGGAGAUAGUGCAAACAAUUCAGAUGAAGUAAGUUCUGAUAAAGAAUUACCUGACAAAGACGGUCCCUUGCUUGUUUGUAAAUUAUGGGUAGAGGCAGAAAACUGCGACGAUUCUCAGGAUAUAAUUACACAAUCUGACGAGAUACUCAGGAUAUGGAUGUUGUUUGAGAAUGGAUAUGGUGGUUUGGACGCGUUACAUUCGUUGCGACAAUAUCUGAUAAACAAAUUGGAUGUGAGGGAAAAGAUUCUAGAUAAUCCUUCGAAGACGAAGAGAAAGAAAAAAAGGGUUAAAAAAGGAUAUUAAUGUAAGAGUCCGUUGCUUCAAUUAUACUCAGGCAACAAAAAGAAUUUUAACAAUAA